GGGAGGAAGAGUUUAGGAGACCCCUGCCUGUGACAACCUCAUGGAGCAAACCGAUACGCCCUGCGAAGGCUCAGCGGAAGUGCUCGAGGUUUUUCUUCCGUCUGUUUACAUACAGAGUUUUACAAAGGGGCCGCGAUUUAAUUCUGAACUUCUCACUGAGGAGAUCGAGGAUGAGGUUCAUUUGGUCAGCUACGGGAGCUCGGCGCCUGCGAGACUCAGGGUAGGCCACUCCGCUGUACUCGCAUGCAAUGCAGACGAGAUGUUGCCUACCCAUCAGGCGUCCACAGAACUUGCAAGUUCGGCGUAUCGGCGAAUGACGGACCUUCUUUCAGGAUGUCUACCGCCGGUCUGCCGUCACACCAUCUCAUUAGCAUUUCGAAUACAACACUGCCACGAUGAAGAGGGGCAUGGGUUGCUUUGUGAAAAUGAAAGUAUAGCACACAGGACAACGACGCCAGACAGCAACGAUCAACGAAUUGUUUGCUUAUUUGAAUACUUCUUUGCUACUUUUGAUCAAUGGUGGAUGAAAGAAUAAUGAGCAUAAGCACGCAAAAGAAACGAAUGUCGGCAGUGUUAACGGCUCGAGCCCCUCGGCGUGUGUUUGCCGAGACACACAUCCCGCCCGCCCGCGGUCCGAGACGGGCGCUGCUGAGCUGCUCGUGCCGUGCCGCUGGCUUGCCGCUGGCUUGCCGCCGCUGGCUGGUGCGGUGCGGUGUGACUGUACACUGCCACAGCCUUGCCCCACCUGCCCCUUGCCCCGCCCUCCGCCCGUCGGUCGCCUUUGCCAAAGUUCCUUACAACUGUAUCUUAAAGAGGCACCAGUCUACGGGGACCACGGAUUUCGUAUGUUUAGUUAUUGGACGGUGCGAAUUAGUCUAUUAUUUUUACGACAGCCCUGAGGCUAGUAGUGAAUACUUUCCCAAAUCCA